UGUGAACUGUGUAAUGCUUCCGGUUAUUUGGACGGAUUAGGAAAAUAAUCAUAUUUUGUGUAUUUUUUUAAGUCACUCAUCUAUUGCAGGUAAGAUAAAUCUUAGAGACAAUUGCUCAUCAGGUUUUGCUUGAGGAAACUGCAAUACUGAUACAGUAUUUUCAAACGUCCUCAAAAGCUGAUUGUUUUACGGAAUAAUUAUGGAAUAUAGAACAUGAAUCAACUUAGUGUCCAGUUGCCAAGAAUGGCACUGCUACUCACGCAUCUGUCCAGGCGGCUGCAGCCCACACACAGCCUGCAGCUGGCAGGAAGGGCGCUCUCGCGGAGCUCCUCGGCUCGACUCUGUUCGGCGCCGCUGCCAUCACCGCUCUGCGAUGAGCACAGCCGGCGGGUGUGCCGCCGCCCGGGGGCGGCUCCCGCGCUGGCCGUGCGACGUCUUCACACCGGCGACCGCCGCGCGGGCAAGGUGGUGCCGUUCCUGCUCUCGGACAUUGGCGAGGGUAUCGUGGAGGUGGUGAUCAAGGAGUGGUACGUGAAGGAGGGCGACUCGGUCAGCCAGUUCGACAGUCUGUGCGAGGUGCAGAGUGACAAGGCUUCCGUGACGAUCACCAGCCGCUACGACGGCGUGGUGCGCAAGCUGUACUACUCGGUGGACGACAUGGCGCGCGUCGGCCAGCCGCUGGUGGACAUCGAGUCGGAGCCGGGCUCGUCCGACUCGGAGGACGAGGUCCAGGAGCGGGACGCUAUCGCGGUGGUGGGCGGCGAGCACUACGUGCUACCGACGCCGACCAAGGUCCUCACCACACCGGCCGUUCGGCGCAUCGCCAUGGAGAACAACGUGGUGCUCGGCGAGGUGCGCGGCACCGGCAAGGACGGCCGCAUCCUCAAGGAGGACGUCCUCCGCUACGUUCAGGAGAAGGAGAAGGGUAAGCCGCCCAAGGAGACGGCGCCCGCAGCCCCGAAGAAGCCGGCCGUGCAGGAGGUGCCAAAGGAGGCGCCCAAGGCCCCGGUUGAGACCGUCGCGCCUCGCGCCCAGACAGUACUGUUGGCAGAGGACAAGACGGCACCCGUCUCCGGCUUCACCAAGGCCAUGGUGAAGGCCAUGAAGCUGUCAAUGACUGUGCCGCACUUUGGCUACUGUGACGAGAUCGAGAUGACGACGCUGGUGAACCUGCGGCCGGCGCUGAAGAAGAGCGCAGAGGCGUUCGGCGUCAAGUUUUCCUACAUGCCGGUCAUCAUCAAGGCGUGCUCGAUGGCUCUGCUGCAGUACCCGGUGCUGAACGCUUCCGUGGACGCCGCCUGCGAGAACAUCACUUACAAGGCCAGCCACAACAUCGGGAUCGCCAUGGACACGCCCAACGGCCUGGUGGUGCCCAACGUGAAGCAGGUGCAGAACCUGACGGUGCUGGAGGUGGCGCAGGAGCUGAACCGGCUGCAGGCUUUGGGUGCGCGGGGCCAGCUGACGGCCGCCGACCUGGCCGGCGGCACCUUCUCACUCUCCAACAUCGGUGCCAUCGGCGGCACGUACGCCAAGCCGGUCAUCGUGCCGCCCGAGGUGGCGAUCGGCGCCAUCGGCAGGAUCCAGAAGCUGCCGCGCUUCGCGGCCGACGGCUCGGUGGUGGCCGCGCACGUGAUGCAGGUCUCCUGGUCGGCUGACCACCGGGUCAUCGACGGCGCCACCAUGGCCAGAUUCUCCAACGUGAUGAAAGCCUUCCUCGAGCAGCCGGCUGCCAUGCUGCUCCAGAUGAAAUAGUCUGAGGUGGCCGGUACGAGUGGUGCCGCGGUCGGUUGUGUCUCUUGCGUAUUGUCGCGGGAAUCUCCUCGUCUAGGAACUAUCAGCUCAAGGCGUGGUAUGCGACUUGUUUCGGUGUGGACUUAGCCUACGAGGCGUUACGACUUCAUAGCUACCGGGGCCUGUCGUGUUAAUUACGAAACGGGUGUCCGGUGGUUGGACUGUCUCGUCCCGGUUCAGAAUGAGUCCGCCAUCGUCCGAGACAGGUCAGGUCAGGCCAGUGCCGGCUGUUAUUGUGGCGCAGGAUCGCGGCAGGAUCCGGUGGGACCCUUGAAGGAAGCCUCACUGAUAUUGCGGCAGGAACGGUUGGCAGUGAAAAUUGACUUUCUUUACAAAGCGAUGGGUGGGAAGAUUUUUGUUAGAAUGGUUGAGGUGUAGUUUUGCUUUUGUGAAGCGUUUUUACCUGGUGUCGAUGUCCUAACGGCAAAGUGCAAUAUUGUUGCGAAAGAACACUUGUUAUAUGUGAUAGUGUCGUGAUGUGUCUGCGAAAGGCGAACAGUGUAAUUUGUAGUGCGAAAUACAUAACUGCAGAUCUGAAAGGAA